AUGGACGUCGACUGGCUCCCCGAAGACUUACACUUCCACAAUGAAUCGACGAUUGAACUACCCCUGGAGCUGCUUGAAAUCAUCUUUCACCUCGCAGCCGCCGAGUGCAGGCGUUUCUGCUACACCCUCUGCUCCGUAUCCACAUGGGGUAGAAUCAUAGCGCUGCGCCAUCUGCUUGUUUCCUUGAUGAUAAAAGGCCCUGGAAGCAAUUUUCAAGCUGUCCAGAUAGUCGCAGGCAACAUCCUUCAUCAACCCUCUCAGCUUACCCCCAGCGAUCUCAUUCAGAACAUUUGGAUGCCUUACGUCUCGGAUUCUUUGGUUUUUCUUUUCGACAGCUGCAAGAACCUGAAGAAUCUUGCCACCGAUUGGCGAUCUUUCGACCACUUGGUUGAGGCGGCUUGCGGCGGACAUCCCUGGCGUGUUCUUUCCGAUGCCGCUCUUUGGCAGGAACAAGACCUUUCCCUCUCCAUCUCUACCACAGAACACAUUUCAAGUGCAAGCCUGUCUCAGUUUAGGAUAUUCGAGGGUCGUUUUGCGGAUGCCUCCAAGUUCCCUAUCUUCUCGAGGAUCACACAUUUGCGGCUCACGUCGUUGAUAACAUACUGCCAUCGACUCCGUUUCCCUUUGCUAACCUGCCUCACCCACUUGGCUUUGCCAUACCAUGGUGACAUCACCUCUCGGAUCAACUGCCUGCUUGAACGUAAUUCAAAAAUCAAGAUGUUGGUGAUUGUAACAUUCACCGACGUCCUGUCAGAGACUCAACAAGCACGGGUGGAGAGCGGGAUAAAGCAGCGGAGGAUGAUGGACAAUAGAAUCUAUGCCUACCCCACUACAUCCCUGGAUACUGAAAAGGAGUGGCUUGAAGGAACAACAGGCGGUCGGAGCAUUUGGGAGGGGGCUGUUCGAUACACGGAGCAGAACCUUAGGCUCUAA